CCAUCACCCGGCAUCCAUCCAGCCCUGCGCAUCCGGAUCUCGCUUGCGAUCCAAGGCGAGACGCUUCAAUUCAGCAGGGACGCACGAAAAUCGAGCAACAAUGGCUGCGGCGCUCGACUCGCAGCGCCUGGGCGCCAUAUUCCAGGCCCGCCCCGAUAUCCUCGACGGCAUCAAGCGGGCUGCAGACUCGCCAAGCCGCGUGGCUCUUUUUAACGAGAUCGCGAACCACGUUUACGAACAACUACACGACGCGGGCGAGCCCGCCCAGAAGCGACGGCGGCUAGACGCCGGCCAGGCCAACGGGCCGAAUGGAGUGUCUACACCCACCCAGGGAAAUGCCGCCGACGAGGAAGUCCUGCUGGUAGUCAAGGAAAUCUCCGUCUCGGCGCCCCAGCGGAAGAAGUUUGAACUCUGCUUGACACCCAAUUUCCUCUACGCCCGCGCCCCCGGCACCACUGCCCCUAUUCCCAGCAUCACAUACGCAUGGAGAGAUAUUGAAUAUGCUUUCUACCUUCCUGUCCCGGACAAGGCGCAGGUCCAGCACAAUUACGUCUUCUUCCCCAAAGACACGUGCCUACCAUCCAAGACCAACCCGCCCGCGGCCGAGCCGCUAGUUUUCACUGUGCCUGCGACGCCGCCGAAGGAGGGCACUAUUGGCGGCAGUGAGGCUGGCCAAGCGGCCGCCGUCUCAGACACAUAUCGGUCGCUUUUCCAUUGGGCGCUUGGCAAGCGGUUUAGGGGCGUGGGUAGCUCUGUCGAGGUCGUUUCCGCGGACCCUAACAAAUUCCACAGCGUCAUACGGCAAGCACAGCGGCCUAAUGAGCGGGCCGUGCAUGUCGCCGGCUUCCGGGGCUCCAAGGACGGCUUCCUCUUCUUCCUCGAGAACGGCAUCCUGUGGGGCUUCAAGAAGCCGCUCAUUUUCAUCCCGCUCAACCGCAUCGCCGCCAUCAGCUACACCAGCAUCCUCCAAAUCACCUUCAACAUCGUCGUCGAGGUCUUCUCCAGCGAAGGCGGCGACGCGGACGAGGAGCUCGAAUUCGGCAUGCUUGACCAGCAGGACUAUGGCGGCAUCGACGAGUACAUCAAGCGCAACCGCCUGCAGGAUCGCAGUAUGGCCGAGCAGCGAAAGGGCAAGCUGCAGCUGGCGGAGAACCGCGCGCCUAAGAAGGAAGGUCAGGAGGGUGGCAGCGACGCCGCCGUGGCGGAGGAUGGCAUGACGGAGCUCCAGCGCGCGCAGGCCGAGGCCGAGCAGGAGCUGCAGGACGACGAAGAUGAGGAUGAAGAGGAUUAUGAUCCAGGCAGCGACGCCGAAAGCGGGGGUUCUGGCUCCAGUGACGAUGACGACGAUGACGACGAUGAGGAUGAUGAAGACGACGAGGGAGACGAAGACGAGGCAAGUAACGGCGAGGGCGUGCAGGAAGGCGAAGAUGCGGACGAAGACCCAAGAGAAGAUGAAGAGCAAGAGGAGGAAGAAGAAGAGCAACCGCCAGAGCCCCCCAGGUCCAAGCCGCAGAAGCCAGCCGUCAAAAAGGAGAAAGCAGCCGCCCCUCCGGCAGCCGUGUCGAACGUGCCCGUCCGACAAGGCUGGGCCACGGUCCGAAACCCUCCGUCGCGCCGCGCCGAUGACCUGGACAUGGACGAGGAGUUUGACGUGGUUGGGUGAGUCGAAAGAAAACAAGGAAGAAACCAAGGAGGGGCGCGAUGUUGUCCGCCAUCACGGCAAUGUAUAUGCAUGUCCUGUCGCACAAGAGUACGGCGAGAGGGGGUUGGGUUCGCGGAGUUACACGCGCUUGCUUGCUCUUUACAUGUCCAUCAAAUCGUGAAAUAUUAGAGAAUAAGGACAUUACCGUCACCCGUCGUGACAUUCCUCGCCCAUCGACUAUCGACUAGCCGACUGCUCUUCUGUCUGUCUGCCCGUUGC